AUGGAACUUGACACCAUCUAAUUAUUCAAUCCGAAAUAGUUUAAUACAUUGAGAAAAUUGGGUUAAGGAUCUUAAGCAUCUGUAUUCAAGGUAUAGCCAAUUGAAAUUUCCUCAAACAUUCACAAGUAGAAAUACGCUCUCAAAAUUAUUAAAAAAGGAAUCGAAAAAGAUGUCUAAGCGGAAUGUUUAUCAAAUGAAAUAAAAAUAAUGAAAUCAUUAAAAAGUCUACCAAAUGUUGUGCAAUUGCGUUAGAUCUUUGAAGACAAUGAAAAUGUGUAUCUCUUAAUGGAUUAUAAAAAAGGAGGAAAUCUUAAGGAACUAAUAAAAAAUAAGGGGAUGAUGAAUGAGUAUGAAGCAAAAUAAGUAUGUUUUCAACUGCUAUAAACUCUUGGUGACAUCCACGAUAAAAAUGUAGUCCACAGAGAUGUAACACCACAGAACAUUUUAUUUGAAGAGAAAUUUAACCCGGAUUUUAGAUUUGACUAUAAGUUAAGUAUAGCCGAUUUCGGAUUAUCUGCUUAUUUGGACUAAAUUCAAAACUAAUAGUAAAUAAUAAAGUGCGGAACUCCUGGCUUUAUGGCUCCAGAAAUACUAAGAUCAACUAAGUAUUCUUCAAAAUCAGAUAUAUUUAGUGUCGGUUGCGUUAUCUAUAAGAUGCUUACUGGCUCUAAUUUAUUUGACGGAAUCAACCCUAUUUAAAUACUUAAACUUAAUUGGAAAUGUAAUGUCAAAGAUCCUAUUAAAAAUAAUUUAAGUAGAUACACUGACGCUUGUAAAGAAUUUAUGCUCUAAAUUUUAAGAGAUGAUGAAACAAGGAGACCUAAUGCUAGAGAGGCUAUGAUGCAUCCUUGGAUUAGACCUAUGUAUCUAAAAAAGGAUAGAACUUUUAAGUAUUAAUAACAGAGAAAAGGUCUUCUAUAUAACUAAUUAGGGGUUGUUUCAGGGAUAUCUACUUAUUAAGGUACAUUGAAAAAUCUUAUUAUAAACCAAUAAGUUUGUUCAAUAGUUUAAAGCAAUGCAGAAGUAAAAAAUAUUGAUGAUGAAUAAAAAUAAUAAGAAUGUGACAACACCAUUAAGUAACCUCUUAGGUCUCAAAAUUAAGGAAUCACUAUACCACUAAAUAAAGCUUAGGAAUGCAUUGAAAAUGAGACAUUUUAGCAAAAUUAAAAGCUAGUAAGGCAAAAGUAAAGUAGUUCCUCUUUUCGUAUAAAGAGGAGAUGUGAUGUACUUAAAACUAGCGAUCAAGAAAAAUUAGAGAACUCUAAUCACACUCCAGAGAGAAUGUUGAAUAUUAAGGACUCUGAUUGUGCUAGUUGA